CUGGCUUCAGUCCCUGAGGAGCGCCGCUCGUCUCCGUGUCCUCCUGACCAUGGAGUCCUCCUUCCUCUACCUCCUGACUCUGCUGUACCUCCUCUCUCCGUGCACAGCUCAGUGGUGUUACCAGAGCCAGUACUCCUGUGACGACACAUGCAGAGAUCCGAGCCACUGGGCGGCCCAGUUCCCGAGCUGCGGGGGGCUGCGCCAGUCGCCCAUCAACAUCGUCACCAGCAAGGUGCACAUCAACAGCGCCCUGCCGCCCUUCGACUUCAUCGGCCACACCAACGCCAUCAACGUCACGGUGGAGAACCUGGGACACUCUGCUCACUUCGUUCUGCCGCAGUCGGUCCGCCUGACGGGGGGAGCCCUGCCGGGCCACUACCGGGCCGCCCAGUUCCACUUCCACUGGGGGGGCAACGGGCGGCCGGGCUCCGAGCACACCAUCGACGGAGAGCGCUUCCCCAUGGAGCUGCACAUCGUCCACAUCAAGGAGCCGUACGGCUCCCUGGCCGAGGCCGAGCACGACAUGGCCGGGAUCGCUCUGCUGGCCUUCCUGUUCGAGGAAUCGGCGGACGACCAUCCCCAUCUGGACCCAAUAAUAUCGGCGCUGGGGCGAGUGCAGAACAACGGCAGCAGCACCGUCAUCCCUAACUUCCGGCUCAGCGAAGUCAUCCCCGCCUCCAAAGACCUGCACAGCUACUACCGGUACGUGGGCUCCAUGACCACGCCGGGCUGCGAGCAGGCGGUGGCCUGGACCGUCUUCCACAAGACCCUGACCAUCAGCAGCCGGCAGCUGGACACGGUGGUGAAGCAGUGUAAGUUCUGGACCGGUCAGCCCAUGACGGACAUCUUCAGGCCCACGCAGCCUCUGGACGGCCGGGUGGUGUACUGCUCCAAGGCCGGGCCGGCCCUGACCUCCGCCCUCCACCUGUGGUUUGGGGUUUUCUCCGCGGCGCUGGGAACCACGGGUCUGAUUCCGUGA